CAGGGGGGCGUGCCCUGCAUAGUGGUGGUUACCUUGGUAGCAGUGAGUCAGAUUGAGGGGCGGGGUCUGCCUGGGUCCAGUUCCGGGUUGGAGGCGCACGUGUGCCGGUAGGGGGCGGUUCUGCCGGCCGGUGUGCUGUGAGCGGCGGAAGCAGCAGCAGCAGCGAUGCGGUGUCACUAUGAGACGCUCGGGUUACGCUGGGACUGUACGGAGGAUGAGCUUAAGAAAGCCUACAGGAAGCUAGCCCUGCGCUGGCACCCGGAUAAAAACUUGGAUAAUGCAGAUGAAGCCGCCGAACAGUUUAAAUUGAUCCAGGCAGCCUAUGACGUUAUCAGCGAUCCGCAAGAAAGAGCUUGGUACGAUAACCACAGAGAUGCCUUAUUAAAAGGAGGUGUAGAUGGAGAGUACCAGGAUGACAGCCUGGACCUAGUCCAGUAUUUCACGGUCACCUGCUACUCCGGAUAUGGCGAUGAUGACAAGGGAUUCUAUGCAGUUUACCGGCAUGUCUUUGAUCUGAUUGUGAAAGAAGAACUGGAAAGCAAGAUUAACAAUGGGAAAGAGGAGUACCCAACGUUUGGGAACUCCCAGAGCGACUACGAUACGGUGGUGCAUCUGUUCUAUGCCUAUUGGCAGAGUUUCUGUACAAUGAAGAACUUUGCUUGGAAAGAAGAGUACGACACCCGGCAAGCCAGCAAUCGCUGGGAGAAACGGGCCAUGGAGAAGGAGAACAAGAAAACGCGAGAUAAGGCUCGAAAGGAGCGGAACGAACUGGUCCGGGAGCUGGUGGCAUUUGUUAGGAAAAGGGACAAGCGAGUGCAGGCCCAUCGGAAAUUGGUGGAAGAGCAGAACGCGGAGAAAGCCAAAAAGGUGGAAGAGCUGCGUAGACAGCAGAAGCUACAAAAUGCCAAGCUGGCGGAUCUGUACAAGGAGCAAAGCUGGAUGGCCAUGUCCGAGUUGGAGAAAGAAUUGCAGCAGAUGGAGGCUCAGUAUGACAAGGAGUUUGGGGAUGGGUCAGAGGAUGAUGAAGAAGAGACCGAGGAACAGCAGAAUGGCAGAGCCAGUGAUGAAGAAGAAUUGUACGAUGACCUUUAUUGCCCUGCCUGUGACAAAGUGAUGAAGACUGAUAAAGCGAUGAAGAACCAUGAGAAGUCCAAGAAGCACCGGGAGAUGGUGGCUCUCUUGCGGCAGCAGCUGGAGGCUGAGGAAGAAGAGUCCAAUGCUUCUGUAGCAGGGGAGAAUGGCGUCCCAGCAGGAGAUGAGGACGUUCUCUCUGAGGAGGAGGAGGAGGAACCAGAGGAGAACCCAAAACCAAAACUCAGCAAAAAGCAAAGAAAAAAAAAGCAACUGAAGGCCACCAAGAAAUCUGAUGAGAGCUUUGUGGAGCAGAACGAUGUGGAGGCAUGUACGCAACCCGUAGAGAAUGACUCAGCGCCUAUGCCUGAAACACCAACUGGUGAGGGCGAAACAACAGAAAAACUGAAGGGAAAGAAGGGAAAAGACUUGGAAAUGACAUCAGCACCAGAAGAGACAUCUGAUGAGAGCCUUGUGACCGAGAGUGAGCUGGAGGCAAGUUCAUCUACACAACCCACAGAGAAUGACACGUCCACAAGCACUGUCACAGAGCAGCCGGCAAACAGUGCCCAAGAUACAGAAAAAGCAGCUGCGUCAGAAUCCCCAGCUAAUGAGGGAAAAACGACAACAAAACUCAAGGGAAAAAAAGCAAAAGAUUUGAAGAAAGCCACCAAGACGGCAACAGUACAGGAACACACGGAACAGAAGUCUGAGGCCCCACUGUACUGCAACACCUGCUCAUCUGUGUUUCCUACACGUAAUAAACUGUUUAGUCACCUGAAGACCACCGGACACGCACUAGCUGUUGGCAAUCCCACCACAAGCACCACAUCCUCCAAAUCCAAAAAGGACAAACGAAAAAAUAAAUGAUCCAUUGUAGCGGAA